UGUUUUCCUAAGGCCAACGGGUGGCGGUGAGCCCGGGUGCGAGGGCCCUUUCAUCGCUGCUUGCAGCUUUAAUUUUUCAGCUAUAAUUGUUUUGUUGCAUAGAUAGUUGCUUGCAUAAGUUGUAAUGCACUUAAAAACAUACUGAAAACUCUGUUGUAAUUUUGAACCAUUUUACCAAUAAUCUUGUGAUUUCCUCUUUCAGAUUAAAUGUUCUAUUGCUUGACAAUCUGCCUCUCUGUCUUUUGUCCUAAGAGUUUAGCUGUCAAAAGGCCAGUAUAACACACAAUAUUUGCUACUGCAGCUUCAAAACAUGUUUCUUGUAUGCCUGCUCAUCUGUGUUGUGCUGAGAGCAUUCAGUGCUCAGGCAAAAGUGGUCGAAACCUUUGCAGAGUGUAAAGAGUUUUUCUAUGAUGACAAAGAACCAGUUGGGAUGGAUCAGAAUGCCAAGAAAAUCUGUCAAAAGUUGGUAAAAGGAGGCUUUUAUUAUGCUACACUCUAUUCGGUUCACCACAGAAUUCCCCUCUACAGUGCCUACACACUUGGUGCUGAUUGUAAAAAUGAAAAGGAAAACAUCUGGCGCAUAGAGCCACAGGUAUGUGCUUCACUGUCUAACAAAAGACUUUCAUUAGCAAUUUUGGCUCUGCAUUACAUAAGAAGCAGUGCAAUUUCCGAUACUAACAUUGAUUAUAUGGUCCCUGAGAAUGACCCUACCAUAGAUAAAAACAUUAUUAAAGUAAAUCAAUCCAUGAGCAGUGACUACAAAGAAAACAAUGUCAACAAUGACAUCAAAUAUGAUCGUGGACACCUGAACCCCAACUGUUUCCAAUACAAAGAAGGCCGUAAAGCAACAUUUACACUGACCAAUGCUGCUCCAAUGGUUCCUCGCUUUAACCGAGUCCACUGGUGUAAAUGGGAGACAACUUUGAAGAGAUUUUUAAAACAGCUUAACAUUGAUGGAAAAGCGUACAUUGUCACAGGCACGGUACCCAGUGCAAAUGUCCGAAUACCAAAGGACUCCAAAAGGGUCACGGUGCCCUCUCACGUCUGGACGGCAGUCUGCUAUUAUCACAGCAACGAUGACACAAAGUCUUUUUCCUUCGGUUACAUAGGACAAAAUCAUCCGAUCGACAACAUAAAACUGAUGAGUGUUUCAGCCCUGAAUGUUCAGGUUAGUCAACUCUAUACUACGCUCAUGCAAACUGCUCAGUCAGUUAGAAUUUUCCAUAAUGACUGUUUUGAAGACCACUAUAAUAAUUUCAAAGAGACAUUGAACAAUGCGUUUCACAAAUCGAGAAAGCGAGAAAGGGAUUCUGAAUAUGAGGAGUUCCGCAAAAGGUACGCAUCAGAGCAGUCAGAUGUGGAAAGCCUGUUGGUCCCAGAGAAGCAGAAGCCUGCAGCUGAUGGCUGUUUGGAUGACACUGAAUGUUGUGACAGCUGUCAAAGUGAUGAGGGAGAUGAACCCUACAAAUAUGGUGAAAAAAAAGUGUGUGGCUAUACGGAUAAUAACAAUAAGAAUCGGCACGAGUGCUGUACUUCUGAUGACUGCUUCUCUGCGGUGAAUGAGAAAACCUGCAAGCCUGAACACCCCUGUGGCUACUAUGGUGAAAAGUACCUGUGGUGCUACACUACUGAUAGCAGCUGGUAUGACAGCUGGGAUUAUUGUUGCACAGAUUGUAGUCAGUAGUUGGUUUAAAAUGUUUAUUGCAAUUAAUGCUAAAGUAUUACUUAGCUAAGUUAAAUGUGUUUGUACUUUAGAACUCAACCUAGAAACUCUAAGAUAAUAAGAUCUCUGUACUUCUAUUAUAUAGAAAAUGUAUUAUUUUCCUGGUGAUUUGUAAGAAAAAAAAAUCUAUGACUCUGUAAUACAUCUGCACAAUGCUUACAGAAGAGUGAUUUUCAUGAAGCAAAAUCUAAAAUGUAUCCAUGCUGAUCAAAGACAACAUGAGCAAAUAAAUCUCUAUCCACUU